CAAUUAAAAAAUAAAAAUGUCUUUAAACUGAAACUUGUACCUCCAGUUGAAUACAGGAGUCCGAAUCAGUAAUCCAUAUAAAUUGUACCCUUGGUUUACCAUUGUUUCUGGGCGAAGCUGAGAAAGACUCCAUUGAUAUGCCAGAGUACAAUCGUAUUUGAAAAUUCAGAUCCCGAUGGAGGACACCUUGAGCUAACCUGCUAUGAGAGAACUCUAAAGCGUUGCAAUAAAGCGUUCAGUGUAAUAUUUUUAUUCUUGGUGUCAGCAGAGAUGGAGGUGGAGUUGGAACCUCGAGUGAAGGCACUGCCCUACAAGAUCAGGGGCAUGUCCCGCGAAUCCCCCACGCAGAAGGCAGUUCACGUUUUGGACCCUGAUCUCCGCACGCAUUGGUCCACCGCCACCAACACUAAAGAGUGGAUUUUGCUUGAAUUAGAGGAAACAUGUCUGUUAUCUCACAUAAGGAUCCACAAUAAGUCAGUACUGGAGUGGGAAAUUGCUGUUGGUCUACGUUUUAAGCCUGAUAUGUUUUUAAAAGUACGACCUCGUUGUGAAGCACCAAGGCGUGAUAUGGUGUAUCCAAUUAAUUACAUGCCGUGUCGCUUUGUCCGCAUCUCCUGUUUGCGCGGGAAUCCAAUUGCAAUAUUUUUUGUGCAGUUGAUUGGAGUCCCUGUGCCUGGACUUGAGCAAGAGUUUCAACCUGUUGUUGACUACUUGCUGCCACACAUUGUCUUGCAUAAGCAAGAUACUCAUGACAUAUACCUUCAGUUACUACAAGAUGUUACGUGUCGCUUAUCUCCGUUUCUUCCUCAACUAGAGUCAGAACUAUCAAAUUUUGCUGAAGCUGUGGAAUCUAAUAUCCGUUUUCUAGCAAUGUUGGCUGCGCCAUUUUAUCCUAUUCUAUGUAUUGUUGGGGAAAGGGAAAGCGCAAAGGUUACAGGUGGAAUGCUUGAUAUGGAUCCAGUGAGAAGCAACCAAGGCAUUCUUACUAUAUCUUCGAAUUUCCAGGCCCAGCCAAGGAGACUACGUGCUCCAGUACCUAAUACUCAACAAUCUGCAAGCUCGUUGGUUUUCCGUCCAGAUGCAGUUCUCCUGUUGCUCAGAAAAGCUUACAAGGAUAACCACCUUGGAAAUGUUUGCCGAUCAGUUGCUAGACUAUUACGAAAACUUACAGCACCUGGAUGUUCAUCGGAAGUGUCCCAGCCUCUUACUGAGUCAGUGCCAUUGUCUGGAUCUGAGGAUGUGACAGCUAAAGUAGAAUUGGCUGGUCAAACUCCAAUAACAGACUAUUCACAUCUGUUUGGUGAAGAAUUUAAAAUCUUUGAGGAGGACAUGUAUGAUGUCAAUAUCUCAAAUGUUUUAGAUGUUGCUGCUGUAGAAGAGGGACUACUUCACAUGCUUUAUGCUUGUUCCUCACAGCCUAUUAUAUGUCGCAGGUUGGGUGACUCUAAGACAGACCUCUUACCUGCAUUGCCUUUGAUUCAAGCAAUGCUUCCAGCCCUUCGCCCUGCUGUUGGAAGUGCCUCUAAUUCAGAUCAAGUUGAUGAGACUUUUUGGCAGUGGCAAAAUCCUUUGGUGCAGCAUUCUCUAACACAGAUUGCAGCGGUUUCAUCCUCAUCAUCAUAUCAGCCUCUACUUGAUGCUUGUGCAGGCUAUUUAUCGUCCUAUUCACCCGCACAUGCUAGAGCAGCAUGCGUAUUGCUAGAUCUCUGUUCAGGUCCACUUGCUCCAUGGUUACCUAUGGUGAUAGCUAAGGUUGAUCUCACAAUUGAGCUACUUGAGGAUCUUUUGGGUGUAAUUCAAAAUGCUCAACACGCUAUUGCACAUGCUCGUGCAGCUUUGAUUUACAUAAUGCUAGCCUUGUCUGGGCAUAUGGAUGACCUUCUUCCAAAGUUUAAGGAUGCAAAGCACAGUAUACUUUUUCUUAUUGAAAUGUUAGAGCCCUUUUUAGUACCAGCAAUCACGACAAUAAAGAAUACUAUUGCUUUCGGAGAUGUCUCUACUGUCUUCUUGGAGAAGCAGGAAAAGAUUUGUGCCAUAGCGCUGGACCUUCUUUGUACUGCAGUACAAAGACCUGCAGUCCUACCAGCUCUUGAGAAUGAAUGGAGACGAGGGGUUGUGGAACCAAGUGUGCUUCUCUCCAUUUUGGCUCCUCAUGUGCCAUUGCCACCUGGAAUCAAUCUGUGUAAAAGUUCAAUGACUAAAGGUGCAGAGCAUGAGGCAUCUACAUUUUCACCUGUUUCUUCUGCUCACCCAUCAACGACAAUAGGUAAAAUCAGUAGUAUAGAGGAAGAUGUGGAUGGAAAAUCUGACAUGGUAGAUGGAAAUUCAAGGAAUGAUGCAACUGAAGAUGGCAGUCUUCUUUUUGCUCCUGCCGAGUUGAAAAACAUAUCACUUAGGAAGUUCUCUACCCCUUUUGAGGGAAAUUUUUCUGAAACUCAGGGCUUUGGUCAAGCAAAUUUGAAUGUUGAUGGAAAACUAUUCAAGGAAAAAGACAAUAUAUCAAAGAAAAAGUUAACUCUGGAUAUUGGUUGUGCAAAUGAAUACUUUGAUUUGCAAAGAGAGUAUUUACAACUAGUGAAUCAUCAGGACCGUGAGUUAAGGGCCUCAGAGUUCAGACGUUUUGCAGAGGAAUUGCAUGCACAAUCUGAAAUAAACUUGGAAAGUCAUGAUGCUGCAAUUGAUGCAUUACUUUUAGCAGCAGAGUGUCAUCUGAACCCAUAUUUUAUGAUGGGUUCCAGUGAAAAUGAACAGCUCACAAACAUAAUUUUUGCUAAUAAAGACUCUACAUCAUUACAUGUUAAUGAGAUCAUUGUGGAUGAGCCUUCCGUGGGUGUUGGAAAAUCAGGAGCGAAAAUAAUUGCUCAACUGGAGGGAAUGAGAGACAAGACUGUAAUUGACAUUCUUCUUCAAGCUGCACAAUGGGACAGCAGAAUUCAUAAUGCAACUUUGAACGAAAGGUCAUUUGAGGAUAAAUCAAUAGAUUAUGACUUUGAAGAAAGGCCAUAUGGUAUUAAAAUUUUCCCUGAUGAUGUACAGUCUGCUGAUGCUGUUACACUAGUGCGCCAGCAUCAGUCUCUACUCUGUGGAUUUUUAGUUAGGCAAUUACAAAGGGAGCAGCAUAACAUGUAUGAAGUUCUUUUGCAUGGUCUUCUGUUUUUCCUGUAUUCAGCAACACAUGUAUCUUGUCAUUCAGAGAAUGUUGUUGAUGUAAUUUUGCAGUCUGCUGAGAGAUUGAAUAGAUUGCUAUUUUCUCUUCAUCAGGAACAAAAGGAAACCAGUCCUCCUGUAGAACCUGCAAAAAUACAUCGAGUCAGGCGGCAGUGGGCUCUUCUUCAAAGAAUAGUGUUUGUGGCUAGUGGCAAUGGCAUAAUGGAGGACGGCUACAUGCAUAUCAGAAGAGGCUGUUGGUACAGGGAUUUGAUUCCAGUUUCAUCAUGGAUGGAUAGAAUAUCAAAAUUUUCAUCCUCACCACUGCCUUUGGUUAGAUAUAUAGGAUGGAUGGGACUAGCCCGUUAUGCAACCGAACACAAGAAAAGAGGUUUGCUUCUCACCCAAGACAUGCGACAACUGACUGGCUUGCUGUCUAUCUUUUCAGAUGAACUGAUAUCUGUAAAAAGUUCAUUUAAAGGGAAAGAAAAUGAAGGAUUGCAAGAUGCCUGCUUUCUGGAAUUCAAUGUUGGGAGACUUGAGAAACCUGUUACCAUAAAUAGUCCUUUAGAUUCAUUAGAUAGUGAUGGUGUUGUCCAUGCAUUUUAUCCUGAAAUGGAUGUAGUCUUCCCAGAACUGAGAAAGCAUUUCUUUACAUAUGCUGAGAUUAUGCUAGAAGCUGUUUGUUUGCAAGUAAAGGCAAUGCCACCUUGUUCUAUUCCAGAUAUAUUAAGCUGGUUUUCAGAGUUGUGCUCCAAUCCUUUCUUAGAUUUAGAUAGAGAUCAAUAUGCACAUGUUGAUGCCAGUGAUGACAUUUUGAAAGGUGUGGUGGUUUCUAAUGUCAAGUGCAUUUUACUGCACAUAUUGGAAGUAAUUGUUUUGGAACACAUGGAAGCUAUUAUCCCUGAGAUACCAAGGGUUAUUCAGGUCUUGCUGUCCUUGUGUAGCAGUUCCUAUUGUGAUGUGCCUUUAUUGGAUUCAGUACUAAGUGCGUUAAAGCCUCUGAUCUCUUAUACUGUUGCAACAGCAUCUGCUUCAGAGAAAUUUGUAGAGGAUGAUCCCUCAAGCAUGAAUUUUGAGUCUUUGUGCUUUGAUGCUCUUAUAAAUCAGCUUGAAUCUGGUCCUGAACAGAAGAAAGGCACAAUGGUUAACACUUCACAAGGUGCAUUGUUGAUUUUUCUUGCUGGAUCUCUUCUUUCUGAUCUAUCUAUUUCCAGAAGGAGGCAACUUAUGCAGUCAUUGUUACAGUGGGCAAAAUUUACUGGAUUCCAAGCAACAACUACUUACUAUAAUUACCUGUGUGCAUUUCGAAAGGUUCUAGAAGGUUGCAAUUCUCUGGUACAAGAAACUUUAAGAGACCUCGGUGCUUCCUUGAUGAAUGAACAUCCUUGUUCUAAAAAGGAUUCAAUUGAUUUCAUUUGCAAGGAACUGUCAGUAUUAGAACUUUGUGACAGGGGAAGGAAAACCCUAGACCUUUAUGGAGUUCAACAACAAGAAGAAAGAUCUAUGGUGGCAGACUCGUUUCAAGUGAAAGAUCAGACAAAUACAGGUGAUGGCGAUAUCAUUGAACAUGGAACAAAGCGAGCUGGUAGUAAUGCUUUGCAACACUUUUCAUGUAUUUCAGAUGUUGAAGAUUUCACAAAAAGCUUAGAGGCUCUGAUUUUUAUGUUAAGCCCUACAAUUGAAAUUUGCUGGAAAUUUCACUCGCAAAUGACACGCAAACUGUCACAGACAGGAGCAGCUUGUUUAUUAUACUCUGGAUUCUUAUUGUCAAAUUACCAAUCAAUUCAUUCAAACAAAUCUAUUGAGAAAAAUGAAUCCUCCCAAUUUGUAUCUGAAAGUGAGCAAAAUCUGUUUGUAUGGCAAAACUCUCUUCAAGGUCUAGGUCAAGCUGUUUUGACUUUGCAGCAGAAUCAUUGUUGGCAAGUAGCAGCUGUGCUUCUUGAAUAUCUUUUGUCUUUGCCAAGUUCUUUUUCUUUGGAUGGUGUAUUGGGUCCUAUAUGUUCAGCACUUCUGUUUGUAUGCUGUCAUGCACCCAAAGUUACAUGGAGGUUGCAGACUGGAAAGUGGUUGUCAAAAUUGUUUCAAAGAGAUUGUCUGGAUUUUUCAAGUUCUACAUCGUCUUUAGUUGAUUUAUUUUGCACAAUGCUUGAGCAUUCUGAACCAGAGCAAAGAUAUAUAGCUCUUCAGCAUCUAGGUAGGAUUGUUGAACAUGAAGAACUUGGGAAGCUUACAUCUUCAUCUAUAUCAGGAAGCUCAAGUACACAUAUGAAUAUGGUUAUGACUGUGAAGAGAGUGAGCCAACGUGGAGUUGUUUCAGCACUGGUUGCAAAUACCUGGGACAGAAUAGCAUCUCUAGCAGCAUGUGAGCCAUCUAUGACCUUAAGAAAGGAAGCCAUGGAGUUGUUAGAAAGAUUCAUUCCAUUUUCUGAACGCUAUCAAUUGCGUUCAUUUUUUAGUUCUGUUGAUACUAUACUACCAGGUCUAUGUAUGCCAUCUUAUUCAAUGCAAGAUGGACCACUUACAGUUCUCGGGUUAUCAGUUCUUGCUCGUGCCUGUCUCUACUCUGAAGCUGAUGAUAUCGAUAUUAUAUCUCCAAGUGUAUGGGACAACCUGGAGCUUUUGGCAAAGUCUAAGAAUGAAAUAAUACCAGUAGCUGCAUUCAUUCACGCCGAGAAAGCUGUUUGUCAUGCUCUGCUUCAGCUUAAGGAGCAUGGGGAGGAAGCCAAAGAGAUUUUGAAGGCAGCAUUGGGAAGGAGCUCAGAAGAUACACAAGUAAAUCCAGAUCUUGCAGAUGUACGUGAAUCAGUACUUCAGGUUCUGGCAAGGCUCAAUUCCAUUCGAUCUAAAUCAGAUGGCUUCACAGAAUUUGCUGAGAAAGAAGCUAAGGAACUGGAAGAGGCAGAAAUUGAAUUGGAACUCAUGCAGGAAGAGAAAACACUUCAAGAAGGAUUGAAAAAUAGUAGCCAAAUUCAUCAAACAAUAAGAAGCUCAUCAAGACCACCUAUGAAGUCUACUCAUCAACGACUUCAGGAAUUGAGGACACAAAUACGUGACAUGGAGCAUUCUGAAAUUCGAGCUGAAAUAGCAGCUCGGAGAGAAAGAGAACGUAUUGCACGGCGCACUCGCCAGAUGACUUUGGAAGAGACAGCCCUGCGAGAAAUAGAGCUUCUCCAAGAUCUUGAUAGGGAAAGAAUUGCUGAAGUGGAGCGUGAGGUUGAGAGACAAAAAGUACUAGAGAAAGAGCGUGCAAAGACUAGAGAGUUACGACAUAGUCUUGAUUUGGAAACUGAAAGGCGCACACAGAGAGAAAUUCAGAGAGAGUUAGAGCAGAGAGAAUCAGGGCUCAGAUCAUCUCGCAGGGAGUUCUCUACUUCCACUCCCGGCAGCCGCCCAAGGGAGAGAUAUCGAGAGAGAGAGGGUGGCAGGCCUUCUCAGGAGGGUAGCUUAAGGCCUGGUAGUUCUGGAAGUGGUGUGCGUGAAAAUGGUACAACACCUCCUGCAACACCAACUGCAAGUGUUUCAAAUGCAUCUGUCACCAGCAUUGGUGCAAUAUCAUCUACACCUACAAUUGUCACUAACAGUUCCAGAGUUUACCCAGUACAGAUAUCAGCAUUCUCACAUGCCCGAGACCGUGGUGAUGAACGAGGAUAUGAUGAUAGCUUUGAUGGCAUAAGAGAGAGUGGUGAUGCUUGUAGCAUUGGUGAUCCAGAGACUGCAUCAACCAUGGAUAUGAUGGCUUCAGGAGGCUUUGGUGUUCCCCAUAGACAAGGUUCUCGUGGUACCAAACCUAGACCAGUAGUAGAGCGUAGGGAAAGAGAUGGAAGGCGAGAGGGAAAAUGGGAAAGAAAACAAUGUUAAGACAAACUAUUUACAGUGUAUUCAAGCAUUGUACAUGCGUGAUUAGGAAUCCAUUUUUAUGAAAUAAUAAUUUUUAUCUGUGGCUCUCUUAUGCUGUCAGAUUUUCA